AUGAUCAUGGGUUAUAACUAUAGUUGCCUAUAUCGUUAUACCACCACCCCUGUCCUGGUGGAUGACGCCUCGGCCGAGAAUAUAACCAUGACAGAUGGCCACUCUCGGUCCACCCAGGUCCUCUGCUUGAAGGGCAUCCGAAAUUUUCAGCUUCCGAGGACCGGGGCGGGGACACUUGGGCAGGGUUCGGCGGACCGGCCGGCCCUGAACGACCAGCUGAUGUCUUAG